AUGGAGGACCAAGCAAUAACUUCGGUGGAGGAGGAGGUGGCGGUGGGUCCUUUGGGGGAGGUGGAUCCUUCGGAGGAGGAUCUUUCGGGGGGUGGCGGAUCUUUCGGUGGUGGGUCCUCUGGAGGAGUAAGUACAAGUUACAGCGGACCAAGGAAUAACUUUGGAGGAGGAGGAAGCGGUGGCAGAGGAUCCUUCGGCGGAGGGUCCUUCGGUGGAGGCGGCGGUCGCUUCGGUGGCGGAUCUUCUGGCGGAAGGGGCGGUGGUUUCGGCGGCGGAGGAGGAUCCUUUGGAGGAGGAUCCUUCGGCGGGGGAGUGAGCAACACUUACAGUGGGCCAAGCAAUAACUUUGGAGGCUCUGGCGGAGGCGGAGGAGGAGGAUUCAGUGGAAGGAGGAUCGUUUGGAGGAGGAUCGUUUGGCGGGGAGGCGGCGGGUCUUUCGGAGGUUCAGGCGGCGGGGUAUCUGGCAGUUACCUGCCGCCCUCCGGGAAAUAA